AUGGCAGACUCAUACGAAAGAAAGAAAUUCGUAAUCGCUCAAUAUAAUCUAUUAAAUGACUAUGCAUUUGCAGUAGCAUUAAACAGAGAAGAAAUGAAAAGAGUUUAUGAUGACCCAGCUGCUAAUGUUACGUAUGAAGAUCAAAGUUCAUCGUCAACACAUUGGAUGCAUCCAGAAGCAUUUCAUACUAGUAGAGCAUUAAAUAGUAUUAUCCCAAGCUCUCUUAAUAAAACAUAUAUACUCUGGCAAUACGAUUUAGAAAUUACAGAAAUGUUUGAAGAACUUGUUAAAAUGUUUAGCUAUGAUGAAAAAGAUAACAAUAUUAUACUUAACCAAUAA